AUGGCGACAGAAGAGACCUCCCUUCUUCAGGGCAACAACAACGACGCUGGAAGAAGAGCACCAAGCAAUGACGAGCAACAAGGGUCUUCCAUCUUUGCGGCAGCCAUGAACUUUGCCAAUUCGAUUGUUGGAGCAGGAUGCAUUGGCCUGGGAAGUGCGAUUGCACGAUCGGGUGGAUUGGCUGCCAUUUUCGCCAUCAUCUUCUUGGCCAUUCUGACCAAGUUUUCGUUUGAUCUCGUCAUUGAGCUAUCCAUUGAAACGGGGGGUUCCUAUGAACAACUUGGAUCCUACACGUACGGAACUGGAGGACGAAUCUUGGUCAUGAUAUCCAAGUUCCUCUUUGCCUAUGGCUGUAUGGUGGCCUACAUCAAGAUUGUAAAAGACAACUUUCCCUCCGCCAUGCUGGAUAUGACAGGUUGGGCACUCUGGGAGCCAAACCAUGCCAAUUGGGUCACGAUUUGUUUGAGUGCCAUGGUCAUGUUGCCCUUGUCUCUGCUUCGGGACAUGACACCUCUGGAACGUGUUUCCAUUGUCAAAUUUGCCACGCUCUUGGCCAUGUUAUGUACCAUUUUCUACUUGUACCCAGCCAAUCACAUUAGUAGUGUCGACCAACAACACGGCAUGUGGUCGACCACUGGUUCGUCGUGCAGCCAGGCAUUGUUGCCGGCCUCGGGACUCUUGUCUUUACCUUUGUGGCACAGCACACGGUCAACUUGGUUUUUGAUUCGCUGCGUCCCAAUCUACAAAACAUGGUGCAUUGGAAAGUCGUCUCCACCUGCUGUUGCUGAGUUGCAUGAUUAUGCUGACCUACCCCAUGCCCUUUUUGAGUUGCCGGGAAUUGCUGAUUCUGUCCAUACCACAACAAUCAGCAGCAGCAGAGGAGCAGAACAACCUUGGUGGCUGUUGGAACCCAAGCAAUUGAUUCCACCGCUUCACGUCUUGCUGACUGUGUGUCUAUGGGCAUCUUCGGCCAUUUUGGCAGUCUUGGUGCCGUCCUUGGCGGAUGUGUUGGACCUGACAGGAUGUGUAGCCGGUACCGCCAUUGCAUUUGUACUUCCGGCCAUGUUUUCUUUCAAACUACAUGGCUACAACCAUCUUGCGGCCUUUAUCUUGCUCGUAGGAGGCACCAUUGGACUGGUUGGGACAGUUCAGAGUCUCCGCAAACUGAUUCAAGACGUGUAA